GGCGCAUGCGCAGUGCGCGGGCGCAGCGCAGCGGGGCCGCCCAUCGCGGAGCCGCGGCCGCCGGGCCGGGCCGGGCCGCGCCGGCCAUGAAGGGCAAGGAGGAGCGCGAGGGCGCGGCGGGGCCCGGCGCGGCGGGGCCGGGCGCGGGGGGCGCGGGGGGCGCCAGCCCCGAGAAGAGCCACAGCGCGCAGGAGCACAAGGAGCAGGGAAACCGGCUCUUCGGCGGCCGCAAGUACCCCGAAGCCGCCGCCUGCUACGGCCGCGCCAUCAACCGGAACCCCCUGGUGGCCGUGUACUACACCAACCGGGCCCUGUGCUACCUGAAGAUGCAGCAGCACGACAAGGCCCUGGCAGAUUGCAAGCGGGCGCUGGAGCUGGACGGGCAGUCGGUGAAGGCCCAUUUCUUCCUGGGCCAGUGCCAGCUGGAGAUGGAGAACUAUGACGAGGCCAUUGCCAACCUGCAGAGAGCCUACAACCUGGCCAAGGAGCAGCGGCUGAACUUCGGGGACGACAUCCCCAGCGCCCUGCGCAUCGCCAAGAAGAAACGCUGGAACAGCAUCGAGGAGAAGCGGAUCAACCAGGAGAACGAGCUGCACUCCCACCUGACCAAGCUGAUCAUGGCGGAGAAGGAGAGGGAGCUGGCCGAGUGCCGGAAGACCCAGCAAGAAGAAAACACGGACGAGAGCCGGAGCCGAGUUCAGCUGGCCACCAUCGAGGCCAAGCACGACAAAUACCUGGCAGACAUGGACGAGCUCUUCUCCCAGGUGGAUGAGAAGAGGAAGAAGCGGGACAUCCCUGACUACCUGUGCGGGAAGAUCAGCUUUGAGCUGAUGAGAGAGCCCUGCAUCACGCCCAGUGGGAUCACCUACGACAGGAAGGACAUCGAGGAGCAUCUCCAGCGCGUGGGUCAUUUCGACCCGGUGACGCGGAGUCCCCUGACCCAGGACCAGCUGAUCCCCAACCUCGCCAUGAAGGAGGUGAUCGACGCCUUCAUCUCGGAGAACGGCUGGGUGGAGGAUUACUGAGGGGCUGGGGGAAUUACUGAGGGGCCUGGGGGGGCAUAACUGAGGGGUUGGGGUAGUGUUGGAGUGCCCCAGCACAGCUCCCCAGGCUGGCACCAUGCCUUACUUGUUCCCUGGCUGCUCCCCCUCCGUUCCGGCUGCCCCAGACCCAGCGUGAGGCGAGGGCACGUCACCAUCUCCCCUUCCCGUAGUGGCUGGGUGGGCACCACGGCUCCCUGGGCUCCCCUCUCCAGCUCCAAGACCUGCCUGGGGGUCGGGAGAAGGCUGCCUUAGCAGCAGUGGCCUCACUAUCAUCUCCAUGGCUCACAGAGCAGGGUCCCCCUCGGCCACGGCCGCUGGCAGUCCCCAAAGAGUGUCCUGCUCCAGGGAGUGCCACAGGGAGCUCGCUGGGAUGAGCACCUGGAGCCCAGUCCCUCCCUGUGUAUAUAGUUGUUUCCUCCUCCUUCCACCUUCUGCCUGGCCAGGGCUGGGUCCUCUUCCCUGUAAAUAGCCACUUGCCAGGGUGAGACCAACUCACCCUCUGGCUUUUCCCAGGAAACAACAGCCCUAGGGCUGGAAGGGGCUGGUUCCCACCUCCCCUCGCCUGUGGUUCCCUGCAAACAACCACCUGGGUUAAGGUUCUUACUCCUUUAAUUAAAUCCCUUAAAAAACACCACAAAAAAUAACCAACAAAUCUGUAUCCAACUGAGGUUCCAGCAUUUUGGUCGGCCCACAGCCUGCCUGGCUUUUUGAGCACCCCCUGGAAGUUUGCCAAUGUCCAUUAAAAAAUAUAUAUAUAUAAAAAUAAUUAAAAAAAAAUCAGCAAUAAAUGUGGAAAAGGAGCUGAA